CUCUGUCCAGGUCUCUAGCCAUGAACCCUCUGCUCAUCCCUGAGGCCUACAUCAUCGGUGCCCAGCCUCUGUGCAGCCAGCUGGUGGGUCUCUCCCAGGGCCAGAAGAAGCUGUGCCAGCUGUACCAGGACCACAUGCAGUAUAUUGGCGAGGGCGCCAAGACGGGCAUCAGGGAGUGUCAGUACCAGUUCAGACACCGCCGGUGGAACUGCAGCACCGUGGACAACUCCUCCGUGUUCGGACGGGUCAUGCAGAUAGGAAGCAGAGAAACAGCAUUUACGUAUGCCAUCAGCGCGGCGGGGGUGGUCAAUGCCGUGAGCAGGGCUUGCAGAGAGGGGGAGCUGUCGAGCUGCGGCUGCAGUCGUGCUGCACGGCCCAAAGACCUGCCUCGUGAUUGGCUGUGGGGCGGCUGCGGGGACAACCUGAACUAUGGCUACAGAUUCUCUAAAGAGUUUGUUGACGCACGGGAGCGGGAGAAGAGCUAUGCCAAAGGAUCCUUCGAGAGUGCCCGGCUCAUGAUGAACCUACAUACACAAUAAGAGGCUGGCUCUCAGACGGUGUCGGACCUGGCCCAUGUCUCCUGUAAGUGCCAUGGUGUGUCGGGCUCCUGCAGUCUGAAGACGUGCUGGCUGCAGCUGGCAGACUUCCGCAAGGUGGGCGAGACCCUGAAGGAGAAGUACGACAGCGCGGCCUCCAUGAAGCUCAACUCGCGUGGCAAGCUGGUGCAGCGGGACAGCAAGUUCAACCCCCCCACCAGCCAUGACCUGGUCUACAUCGAGUCCAGCCCAGACUACUGUCUGUCCAACCAGAGCACAGGCUCCCUGGGUACUGUAGGCAGACUGUGCAAUAAGACCUCGGAGGGCAUGGAUGGCUGUGAGCUGAUGUGCUGUGGCCGGGGUUAUGACCAGUACAAGGCCCAGAUUGUGGAGCGAUGCCACUGCAAGUUUCACUGGUGCUGCUAUGUCAAGUGCAAGCGCUGUACCAAAACCGUGGACCAAUUCGUCUGCAAGUGAGGAGGAGGAGGAGGAGGAUGGGAAGAGUGUGUGUUCGUGCAAGUGUGCAUGCGUGUGUGUAUCCAGAGAGGCGGAACGAAGGAGGCGAAGAGAGGAAGAAAGAAAAAUAAAAAACUAUAUAAAUUAUAUUUAUAGAGUUAAACAAUUAUACCGUUGCAGAAGAUACUUUCUGUUCCAUGUAAUAGUUCCAAAACAUGUUAUGCCUUCCGAAACCGAAAAUACAGUGAAAUAUUUAUUUUCUGAGAUUAUUUGUGCCCGAUCAUCCAAAACUAAUUUUUWAUGAAUCCCCAGGCCUGGAGACCAGCAGUCAUUCUUUUUUAAACUCUCAAUAUGACCUAUAACAAGGUUCCCCAAUAGGUGGUUCCACGCAGGUGAUUUUAUUUGCCCCCCCCCCCAAGUUUUCUGAGCAAAACAAAAGACAAAUUAUAAUUUUCGUUGUUGAAUUUAAGACUGUAAAAUCACUGGGAAAUCAGCGCAAAGUUAUUUUUAAUUUAGGAAAUCUAUUKCCAAGUAUUCCUACGCAUAAAUAGAGAGAAAUGUGAUUAUAUUCCAAUGUAAUCAGGGUUUGAAAUGAUUCUGUUUUUGCCAAGUACUGUAUCUUUUUGGGAUUCUUGCGGUCAAUUUGCAGUGUACAAAUUAUUUAUAACUAUGUCUGCCCCCUCGACCAUCCGCUCAAGGAAAAAUCGGCCCACGGCUGAAUGUAAUUGGGGAKCACAGUCCUAUAGCUUAUAUUUGACUAGUCCAUUGGGUCACCAUGACUCUGAAACGGGAGCUUCUCUCCCGUUUCAUAACACUAUAUUAGUUAAAUGUUGUGGUUGAUGGAGAACGCUGAAUGCCCACAGUCUUAGCUGUUGAAUCUGGGGCUGCCGCUAAGAGGGGAAGGUUUACUUCCAUAUAUCUGUCUCUAUAGGGUGGUUAGACCUAAAUCAAACCUCCAUUGAACAUUGUUAAAUCUGUCUCUAUYGGGUGGUUAGACCUAAAUCAAACCUCCAUUGAACAUUGUUAAACCUGUCUCUAUAGGUAGUCAUUGGCCCCAUCCUUAACCCUAGUCCCUUAUGUUGCCUCUGUCUAAACCAAACAAGGGCCUAGGAAAGUGGGAGUGAUUUGGGUUGGGGUUAGUUCGAUCCUGUAAUGUAUCCCACAAGGCCUAGAUCUUCCCAGGUGCCCCAGCUAGUCCUCCCAAACACACUCAGCAUAUGCACUUUGACCCCGAGGCCUUACCCCGUCUGUCUGAUUUGUUUGUUUUGAGCUACAGUGUCUGUAAUAUACCAUAUUAUAGUCUACUUUCUCCAUAUUAAAACCCAUAUCCACUUAACAUAUAACAUGCUACUUUCAUGGUUUAAAUAUACAGUAUAUGGGCAAUGUUGUGGUUAUGAUGGUGAAAUCCCACAUGUUCUAUAUGGUAUAUACUAGGUCUAACCAACCAAUCACUUAUUAAAUUGUAUUUAUUUUCUUUUAUCCAAAUCUCUUAAGCUUCCAGAUAGCGCUUUGGGUUUUUUCUAUUUCAAUAAAUGCAUUUAAAUCCUACACUUUGUUACAUACAAUAUUUUCAGGUUACUUAUCAUUUGUUUUCACAUUUUUAAGGACAUGUUACCGAUUUAAUUUGGUUCCGCGGCAUUGUUUUUGUAAAGGGAAUUGCCCCUUGUUCUAAAACACCUGUUCAUUGUGUUACCCCUGUCCAAGCCUUCACAGACGGUUCUAGCCUUCGCUUGUUGCCACAAACUUGUUAAUACCCCUCAGCUCCUCCACACUAGCUCUGUGAUCAUCUUCAUUAAAACAUUGUUCCUAUAUGUUA